GAAGACGGUCGAGAGAGAGAGAGAGAGAGAGAGAGGCUGUAGCCAUGGACGAGCUGAAGCCCAGCCCUCCGAACUCAUCGCCGCUGACCCCGCUCGGCUUCCUCGAGAGAGCCGCGGCCGUCUACGGCGACUGCCCCUCCGUCAUCUACAACGACGCCACCUACACGUGGUCGCAGACCCGCGGCCGGUGCCUCCGGGUGGCCUCGUCGCUCGCCUCCGGCGGCAUCAGCAGGGGCGACGUGGUCUCCGUCGUGGCCCCCAACGUCCCCGCCAUGUACGAGCUCCACUUCGCCGUCCCCAUGUGCGGCGCCGUCCUCAACAACAUAAACACCCGCCUCGACGCCCGCACCGUCUCCGUCCUGCUCCGCCACGGCGGUUCCAGUCUCAUCUUCGUCGACUCCCAGUCUCGCGCCAUCGUCCUCGAGGCCCUCUCCAUGUUUCCCCCGAGCUCCGAUCGCCCGCGGCUCGUCCUCAUCGCCGACGACGACGCCGUCGACGAACCAGGCAAUCCGCUGACCUCGUCGUCGUCGUCGUCGGGAGACGUUGGUUUCUGGUCUACCUACGAAAGCCUGAUCGAGAGAGGCGAUCCCGAUUUCGAGUGGAUCCGACCGGCAAGCGAGUGGGACCCGAUGAUACUCAAUUACACCUCGGGGACGACAUCGUCGCCUAAGGGCGUGGUCCACUGCCACCGUGGAAUCUUCACGGUCGCCGUCGAUACGCUCGUGGAUUGGGCCGUCCCCAAGCAGCCUGUCUACCUCUGGACCCUCCCGAUGUUCCACGCCAACGGUUGGAGCUUCCCUUGGGGGCUCGCCGCCGUGGGCGGCACCAGCAUCUGCCUCCGCAAGUUUGACGCCGCCACCAUCUACCACCUCCUCCGGCGGCACAGCGUGACCCACAUGUGCGGAGCCCCCGUGGUGCUCAACAUGUUGUCCUCCGGCUCCGGCUCCGACGCCGAGCCGCUCAAGCACCCGGUCAAGAUCCUGACCGCCGGAGCCCCACCGCCCGCGGCGGUUCUGUUCCGGACUGAGUCGCUGGGGUUCGAGGUCAGCCACGGGUACGGGCUCACCGAGACGGGGGGGCUCGUGGUGUCGUGCGCAUGGAAGCCGCAGUGGAAACGCCUGCCCGCGGGGGAGCGGGCGCGGCUCAAGGCAAGGCAGGGCGUCCGGACGGUGGCGAUGACGGAGGUGGACGUCGUGGACCCGGUGUCGGGCGCCCCGGUGAGGCGGGACGCGUCGACGCUCGGCGAGAUCGUCCUCCGGGGCGGUUGCGUGAUGCUGGGGUACCUCAAGGACCCGGAGGGCACCGCCAAGUGCAUGCGGGGCGGGUGGUUCUACACGGGCGACGUCGGGGUGAUGCACCCGGACGGGUACCUGGAGAUCAAGGACCGGUCCAAGGACGUGAUCAUCAGCGGCGGGGAGAACCUGAGCAGCGUGGAGGUGGAGUCGGUGCUGUACGGGCACCCGGCGGUGAACGAGGCGGCGGUGGUGGCGAGGCCGGACGAGUUCUGGGGGGAGACGCCGUGCGCCUUCGUGAGCCUCAAGGCCGGACCGGGCCGGGCGACGUCGACGGAGAAGGAGAUCGUCGAGUAUUGCCGGAGCAAGAUGCCGCAUUACAUGGUGCCCAAGACGGUGGUGUUCAGGGAGGAGCUGCCCAAGACCUCGACGGGCAAGAUCCAGAAGUACCUGCUGAGAGAGAUCGCGAAGCGGAUGGGGCCGCCCUCGUCCAGGAUCAGUCGCAUGUGAAACGGUCAACGAGCUCUCCGGGUGAAUUUACCGGAUAUUCAAGUAUCAGUAAGUCCAAUUAAGACUGCGCACGCACUAGAUUGGUCAAUAA